ACAAUCUCAUAAAGAUAUAUCACAAGAAUGAGCAAAUCUAAUUCACUAAGCAAAUAUAAGAUCGUAUUCCUCGGAGAACAAGGUGUUGGUAAAACGUCCUUGAUCACCAGAUUUAUGUAUGACACUUUUGACGACAACUAUGCUGCCACAAUUGGUAUCGACUUCCUUUCCAAGACUAUGUAUCUCGAUGACAAGACAGUAAGACUUCAACUAUGGGAUACUGCAGGACAGGAGAGAUUUAGAUCCUUAAUCCCUUCUUACAUUAGAGAUUCUCAUGUUGCAGUUAUCGUAUACGACAUCACAUCCAAGAAAUCGUUUGACCUGACAAAUAAAUGGAUAGAGGAUGUCAAAGCGGAAAGAGGAGAAGAUGUUAUACUGUGUCUCGUGGCUAACAAGAGUGAUCUCGUUGAUAGUAGACAAGUCUCCGUUGAAGAAGGAGAGAAAAGGGCAAAAGAACUCGGGUGUCAGAUCUUCAUAGAAACAAGUACCAAACUGGGAUAUAACGUGAAAAGCUUAUUCAAAAAGAUCGCAAAGAGUCUCCCUGAUUUCGAAGAGCCAAAGAGCGAGAAUCCAGAGAUGAUUGAUAUAGCAGUUGAUAGCAAACCUCAAGGCGAAACACAGUGUCAAUGUUAAUCAAGAUUCUAAUAAUUGGACAAUGUAACAACAGAUAUCGUUAUUAAGGUCACAUGCACAUAUAGCUCUACAACUUGAUUACUCAAAUAGGUGUCUGUAACUAUUUAUCGAAUACUUCCA